CUUGUGGUUUUCGCUGACUCAGCAGGAAUUGGAGCCAUGGGGCGCAUGAAGAAGAAGGGACAGGCCGGCACGGCCGUGCAGUACAUGACACGCUCAGCUGCACUGAGAAAGCUGCAGCUGAACCUGGCAGACUUCCGGCGCUUGUGCAUCUUGAAGGGCAUCUACCCUCGCGAUCCUGCCAACAAGAAGAAGCUGCCUGGCGCGCGCGCACACAGAACGUACUACUUUACAAAGGACAUCAAGUACCUUGCCCAUGAGCCGCUCAUUGACAAAUUCCGCGAGCUAAAGGUGUUCUCGCGCAAGCUGCAAAAGGCGCUCGCCAAGGGGCAGCCCGGCAUGGCAAAGUCCCUGCGCGAACAGGAGCCCGAGGUCAAAAUCGACCACAUUGUUCGCGAGAGGUACCCCUCGUUUGUGGACGCCCUGCGUGAUCUGGACGACUGCCUGUGCAUGAUCUUCCUCUUUGCAAACUUCCCGCAGCACAAGGACAUCCAGAGCGCAACGGUGACCAAGUGCCGCCGCUUUUCGCAGGAGUUUAUGUACUACGUCAUCCUCACCCGCUCCCUCCGCAAGGUCUUCCUCUCCAUCAAGGGCAUCUACUACCAGGCGGAGAUCAUGGGACAGACCAUCACGUGGAUUGUUCCGUACAAGUUUGCAACAGAGAUUACGCCCGACAUUGACCUGCGCGUCAUGAGCGUGUUUCUCACCUUCUACACAAAGCUGAUGGGGUUCGUCAACUUCAAGCUCUUCCACGACCUCGCUCUCGAGUACCCGCCACAGGUUGACGAGAAGAAGCUGAAGAGCGACGUUGGCCUGUCGUGUCUUGUGUUCAGCGCUGCUGAUGCCGCCGCCGCCACCGCCGCCAGCAAACUCCUCGCCGAGCAGGACGCGCAGGCAACGCUGGACGAGUUCCCAGAACAGAUGGCUGGCGGCGACGAGUGGGUGCAGGGCCACGAGGAGCUCAAGAAGAAGCGCGAGGACAUGAAGAAGUUUACACAUCUCUUCGACGGGAUGUUCUUCUUCCUCUCCAGAGAGGUGCCCAAGGACGCGCUUGAGUUUGCAAUCCGCAGCUUUGGCGGGCAGGUUUCGUGGGAGAGCAUGGGUGGGCUCGCGCCGGGCCCCUUUGAGGCCGAUGACAAACGCAUCACACACCACAUUGUCGACCGCCCAAAGCUUAGCACCGUCUUUGACGGCCGCCAUUACGUCCAGCCCCAGUGGGUCUUCGACUGCAUCAACGCACAUCAGCUGCUGCCGACCUCUGAGUACAAGCCCGGCAGCAUCCUGCCUGCGCAUCUGUCACCGUUUGCGUCGGAGACGGAGGACGACUACAUUCCACCCGAGCGCCAGCGCCAGCUCGACCGCCUCAGGCGUCUCGAGGCCGCCGGCAAGAAGGGCGACGAUGACGAGGAAGAAGUGGCUGAGAUUGAGGACAUUGAAGACGAAGUCGAGGAUGAGGAGGAUGAGGGCGAAUAUGACCAGCCACAGCCGGCCAAGAAGGCAAAGAAGAUCUCUCUCAAGAACCUCGACGAUGACGAGAUUCACCGCCAGGAGCUUGAGGCCGAGCUUCGCGGGGAAGACAUUACCAGCGAGAUCAAGGCGCAUGCUGAGAUGAAGAAGAAGAAGGCGACCAAGGCAAAGGCGCAGCAGGCAUUGCAGGAGGACCUCGACAAGAAGCGCAUGAUGAAGAUGGUCAUGUCGAACAAGAGGCGCCGCCUUUACUCCAAGAUCCUCAGCGACAAGAAAAAGAAGCAGGACCGGGUGAACCACCUCGCCAAGAAGCGCCGCGCCCACGACCGGCGCGAGGCCGAAAAGAAGCAGCAGCAGCAGAAGCAGCAGACAAGCAACAGGAAGAAGAAGGCUGCAGCUGCAAAGUAGGAGAGCAACUCGCGUCGCGGAAGUUUGAGGACAUACGCACACACGCACAUACACGCACAUGCAGGCUGUUGGUUCGCUUGUGUGCGCGCGUUCAUUCAUUGUUGCUUACUUGGUUUUGGGUGGGGGCGGGGAAUUUGUGCGGUUUACGGUGGGGGGGGGAGAAGAACGAUUAAAGACAGCAUGAUCACGUGCAUGAACAG